CUUCUUAAAUUGCGACUGAUCUGUUAACUAAAUUGUUACAUUGAAGCUGCAAUCGCCUAACAUCAGUAGCGUAGACAUUUUCACUUUCUAGAGUGAAGACGAUCUCUUGGCAACUGCCUGGCAAUUUCCCAUUAAAACUUCUCUCGUCCUCUCCCUGACAAGAUAGUAUAAGUUACCACUUACUACACCAUCCCCUUCUUGUCUUCCUGACACUUUUUAUCCCUCUCUUUGAAGAAAAGCAACCGAAGACCUCCAAUCAUGUUUUCUCUUUCAUUCAAUUCUGCAGUGUCAGGGGUGAUGGAACCCCAACGUUCUAGCAAAGCUGGUGCUGAAAGCUUAAAUGUCUUGCAAAAACUUCAAGAAAUUUUCCAUCACAAGGAAAUAAAAAUUGCUUUGCUUAAGUUAGGCAUUUACUCCUCAGAACAAAAUCUUUCAGUUGUCAAUCCAAAGAGUAACGCAAGCAGCAGCAAGCUUAAACGUAUUGAUGAACUGGAAAUAGUGGAUGAAAUUCCAGAGGAUUUCACCCCUCCUGAUGGAAUGAAAGAAGAGGAUCAAAGAGAAAUGCACAGGGCGAUGAAUGGUAGAAAACUAUUAACAGAUUCAAGGGCCUCAAAUUCAACUGAGGUAGUGAAAUUGCCACUAGCAAAUUCUUCAAGUGGCAAGAAGGGUUAUGUUAAUUCUCGUAAUGGCAAACAAGUUAUGCAGAGUAGUGAAAUUGAACAGUUGAGCGAGCGACUGAAGUUUCUUGAAGAAGAAAGCAAAUUAAUGAAGCAAGAGUUUCUGGAGCAAGUGGAAGAAAGGAAACAACUGGUGAAUGAAAUAUAUCAGCACUUUCGGGCUAUUUACCAUUGCCUUCAACUUGAAGAUCCAGAAUCUGGAGAGAGAUGUUUUGAUGAAACUUAUAUUUUGUACCCUCGUGAGGAAGGAGGGCUGGGAACCGGUCUGUCAGAAGUUCUACGCCAAGAUUCAAGCUCUUACGUUAUCACCGGGGACGACCAGAGGACCAAUAUCAUGGCACUAAAGGAAGCUCCUGAAGAAUAAACAUGGUCUCAUUUGGUGCUGAAAAUUCAGAAACUCUACCGGGAAGAUUUAUCAGGAAUUGCAACAAGGUUUGCAGCUUUGCCCUGGAGGCUAGGAUGCCAAAGUGUCCUAACUACUCUGAAGGAUUCCCUUUGUUGCCUUAGAGUUUCUUCAGUAGAACUUGCUUUUGUUGCCUGCUGCUCUUAUGAUUACUGUUACUAGUAGAAAUUAGGCGUCCAGAACUGAACAUCAGCAUGAAAGAAAUAAGAGAACAACGAACGACUCGAUGACGGAGAGGAUGAUGGUGCAGCAACGGCGGCUGCAGAUGUAGAAGGAGGGUGCAACAACGGCGAGCUCAAAUUAUUUCCUUUCUUUUAAUUUUUGUUCUUUUUACUUAAUAAAAUAUUGCAUUUAAAAAAUUAAAUAAAUUAUUAAUAGAACA